UCUCCUCAGAGCAGCAGAUCUCUCGUCCACAACAAGGAUACCAGGGUCCUCACCAACUCUGGGCACCAGUAGCUCGACGCCACUGAGUUGAGAAGCAUGUACGCUCUCGUUUAGCCCCCACCGACCAAGAAACUGCAGCACCCAGAACUUAUUCUCCACACCUUCUCGAUAACUAACUCGAUAACUUAUUACCAGUACGACCCAUUGUCCUCUGCGCUACCUGUAACCUCAGCCCCACCUCCACCCAUGCAAUGAAGUAGAACUUGAUUCAUUCCUCGGAAAUCGCGUCUCGUCACGGGACACAAAGGGUUCGUUGAGACUUGUUUGGAACACUGGCUGAGUGGAAAUGGAGUCUUCUCUCUUGUCCCCAAAACCACUCUGAGCAGUGAAAGUGGCAAGCAGGAGAGAGUUUGAGUGCAGCUGAGUCGAUAAUACUACUACCAUCACAACCACAACCGCAGUACAAGAAGCAAGCAAACUGACUGCACUCGAAUCCGGUGGAUAAUUCCGAAUUGGCGAGGCAUAAGUGGGUACCGUCGAGAAUAAGGCAACAUUUCGGGGAACACACUCAUCGUGCCAUUGUUACCCAAGCAAGUGUGAAGGUGGUUACUUAACUCUUCCCACCGCAGUGCGAUGUGUGUGAUCAAAUCCAAACCCGAAGGCAGCCACACGUUUUCGUCGCGUUUCCUGUUUUGAAGAAAAAAGAAGACGAAAUUGGAAACUAUAUCACAUUCUUCGUCGUCCUCCUCCGUUGUUGGCAGUAGUAGGCAGCAAGUAGUCGUGUUGGCUACUCCCCCUGCACAUCAAGCAGCACCUGACAAUUGGAUUUGAGAAAACCAUACCGGGUUCAAUUCACCCACUUCUCCUGCUUCUUGCUGAAUUUACAAAGUCUGCCCUCCAGUCGUGUGGUAAGUGGUCUGGCUGCUGACUCCAACUGACUGACUGACUCCUGCCUCCUUUCUCCUCUUCUUCUCGCGGAAGCGCUGGCAGAUUGUGGAAAAACGAAGCCUUCCACUCCAGAAAGUUGUGAACAAAGGAGGAUCGACGGACUCGACAUCACCGUACACACCACGACGACGACGCCUGCCGCCGUGCAUAUGUACACACCACGAGCAACAACGCACCAAAAACUGUAGACACCACCGAGCAAGUUUACGUGCGCUUUAUCUCCUACACAUCCGUAAGAAUUCUGCUGUCCCACUCGCACUGGAAGUGACGACGACUCGAAGAAAGCAGCAUCAAUCAAAAGCAACCCCCCAAAUUCAGAUAUAUUUGUUUGUUUGUCAGCAUCACCACCACCACCAGGUUUUUUUUCAUACAACCAACAAUAAACACAUGCCACACACGUUCACCGUCCUCUGGGUCCAGUAUCAAUCCAUACACACACAAAGUCAGCCCCAGCCAACCAAUAAAUGCUGGCAGGAAGACGUAUCCCACAUACUUUCUCGGCAGGAUUACCCGAAACGUGUACUCAUCCAUUGCUUCGAUUUGCCCUCGCAGUAAACAAUCGAGAGAAUACAAUUGCAUGUCUUUUUCGCAUUCCAUCCCUUUUCUUAUCCUCGUUCGAGAGUGCAUGAGUUUCCAGCGUGACAUAUUCUGUCGACGACGCUAACUUAUUCCCACUGCUUUUUGGUGCAGCAGCGUAGUCUGCCGUGCGGAGAAAACGGUGGUCAUUUUACUUUCCCCAUUAAGCCUCAAGUCCCCCGAGAUGUGGCCGCCUCCCUCCUUCCGCCACGACCAGUAAUGAUAAUAGAUAUCGUUCAGGUGCUCUCACGACGAACCGUAUCCUGCACCAUCACCACUCGGCCACCAACUUUCUCAUCCCCGGCCGUCUCCACCUAACUUCAUCUCCUUCGUCUCUGCAUAUCAAGUACAAGGACCUUUUCUCAAUCUAAUUUCCAUAAAUUGGGCUGCCCAACUAAUUGAUCACGGUCCUUGAACUAAUAACUCGAUUGUGCAAGAACAAUAAUAAUAAUGAUGCAAAAAGUACAGUAGCAGAUUGACAAACGAACUUGUCAUCGUAGAACAAACAGCAGUUCUUCUUUAUUAUUAAGGAAUAAGUAACGUUGUUCCUUAUAAUUCAGUCCCAAUUGUCUCCCAUCCAACAAACCUGGUGGGUCGUUAUAUUAUUAUUGGGGAAUUGAAAUUGCUGACGGGGGAGUAUUUCUCCUCCUCCUCCACCCACACGAGGACUGUAAUUUACUCACAAUUUGUAGACUUGAGCAAGCGAAAUUAAAGAAAAUGCAAUUCUUUCCCAUUUCUCUGAUUGCCUAGAAGGACAGAAAUAUCUCUUGAUAAUGGUUCCACCGAGUAAGAAAUUAUUUUGAAAGAAGGGAAAAUUAGUGUUUGCCUAGAAAAUAAAAGCAACAUGGCGUCUAGAAGGGUGUCAAUAUCAAUUUUUUCCAACCAUCACACCACCAACACGUCUCCCACUUUCACCGGGAAGGGGACACCGUCGUCGUUGAGUAUUUAGUGGAUCCAUCCUACUCCUCAGUCAGCCAGUCAGACACAAACGGGACACCGUAUUCAGUGACACGAACUCGACAAAAGCAGAGCUAAUACCUGAAUGUGUGUCGAGUUUUCUUCUUUGAAAGGUAAUAACGAACGCAAUACGGGAGAAGAGUCGACGACAACUUGAUUCGUGAGCCAGCACAUCAUCCUCGUCAUGAUCACCAUCAAAAGCAAAGCGCAGAAAAGAUAGAGCGUCCUUCAACCUUCAAUCUGCAAACAUCGCAACGGAGCUUAUCUUUCUCUUUGGCAUCUCUUCCACCUCAUCGAAUACUACUCACUCGUGUGUCUGUGUGUGUGUGCAUGUGGAGAGGGAGCAGUGAAUAACACAUCAUAUAAAUAGUUUGGUGUCUGUCGAGAUCAGGUCAACUGUUCACUCGGCUCGAAAUUACUCUCAGAAUAGAAAACCUUCCUUCCAUGAACGAUGAUCAAGUGUGUUGGGAGGCGAAAAUGCGAUUGUUUUGAUGUUAUUUCGAACCUCAUGAGAUUUCUGAGAGACUGACCUACAUAUAAUCCAACUCACUUCUUUUCCCCUCUCUAGCAAAUAAACGGGGAAAGAAAGAAAUAGAACGGGGAAAAUACUUCUCCAACUCUUUCCCUCUUGAACACGCAGUUGGAAGAAAUAAUAAUAAUAAUAAUACUAAUAAUAACAAUAAUAAUAAUGAAAAUAAUGAACUGGAGCGCGUCGAAUGACAUUUAACUAUUGGGAUCCGCAUAUUCCGCGAUCCUCUAGUUUUCCUACUUUGUAUGACUGAUUCUUGUUGUGGUUGUGAGUUGCGGCUGGGCGUGUGUGCGAGUGACACGUCUCGCCAUAUCCAUAAUAGUUGGAAGUAAUUGCCCCCGGUUUCAUCAAGAACACAGCUCCGUUACAACCACUGUGCAGUGAUCUGUCACUUUCUCCCACUAAUUAAGUGGGGAGCUGCGUAUAAACUUUGGGUGACCACAAAUGGACACCUUUCAAAUCCUAACGCGACUUCCUAGGAACAGCUUGUGCACGUAGGAAGGAGAGAAAGACCGAGGUGGUGGGAAGGCAGCACGAUUGAAAGAAAACUGUAGAGUAAAUAAGUCCUUUUGGUGGUUCAUGGUUCGUUGAAUGUUACGACAACGACACUCUCUCCAGCCAGCGUGUCGUGGGUCCUGGAUCAGGUAUCGUACGUGUGUUUCUCUGUGUGUACCGUCUCAUCAAGAAGAGGCCGACUUUACCACCAACCUGCAACAGCUUCUUAUUAGUUACAGUCUGUAAGACGCGAAAACUAAUAUAACUUCAUAAGCCUAACUGCGUGUUUACACUCUAUUACACUUUUGUUGGUGUGCAAGUCGCGUUAAAAAAUAGUUUGAAUGGAACAAGCCGCCGCACACUUUGGGGACAUGGAGUCCUCGUACAGAAACGGGGUUCACAUUCCUUCCUACUACGACCCCGAGUUCGGUCUUCACGGUGAGAUGAACGAGUCCGACUCGCUGUUCCCUAACCUGAACGAUACGGUCAAAGUGGUGGCGAACGUUACUCGGUACAUGAGCAGUUUGGGGGUGUGGCUGGCAAUUCCGGAGUGGGAGGCUGCCGUUACUGCUAUCACACUCUCCCUCAUCAUCGUGCUCACCGUGGUGGGCAACAUUCUCGUCAUUCUCUCCGUGUUCACCUAUCGACCCCUUCGAUCAGCCCCAAACUUUUUCAUCGUAUCUCUGGCCGUGGCGGAUUUGACGGUUGCUGUCCUAGUCCUCCCGUUAAACGUGGCCUACACCAUUUUGGGAAGAUGGGUCCUGGGGAAACUCAUUUGCGAGUUUUGGGUCACCUCGGAUGUGCUCUGUUGCACGGCUAGUAUCCUGCACUUGUGUGCCAUUGCGCUGGACAGAUACCGAGCCAUCACCGACCCCGUCAACUAUGCGAGGAAACGUACCCUUCACCGCGUCCUCAUCACCAUUGCGGUCGUGUGGAUCAUGUCGUUCAUCAUUUCGUCACCCCCACUCCUGGGUUGGAACGACUGGCCGGCCAACUUUGAUGAGAACACGCCCUGCAUCCUCACCCGACAACGGGGCUACGUCGUCUACUCGGCAUUGGGCUCAUUCUUUAUCCCACUUCUACUCAUGACGGCUGUGUACAUUCGAAUAUUUAUCGCGACGAGGCGACGACUCCGCCAGCGAGCGAGGGCCUCUCGCCUCUCCGCCAUGGCGAAAAAGAGCACCGACUGUGGUGGGAAAAAGAAUGAUGGGGAUCGUGAUAGGAGCUCAAUCAGUUCGAUAGAGAAUAAUGGAAAUGACGGCUCAGGGGAUCACUGUCUCCAGAAGAGCAACGACAGUAUAAAUCAACAAAAACAGAGGAACAGAUCCGCCAAGCAUGGGAAUAAGGGAAAUCACGCCGCUACCACCGCCAUCAUCGCGGGUGGAGGAGUUUCACCAGCCGUUGGAGGAGAAGUAGUGGAGCCGGCCAACAAGAGUAGCAAUUCGAACGCUUCCUCCGAGGGGAUUCUCAGUGUGAGGAUUCAAGGUCAGUUGAAUGCUGAUGAGGCUGGGCCGGAUGGAACCAAGCUCUCCCCUGCCAACUUGAGUGAGGAGUCUGUCACAGAUGCUGAAAUUCCUCUCCACCAACACCGCCCCCACAGCCACUCAGUUCGAGGUGAGGGGGGUCAUGGCAAAUCGUCUCAUUCCAGUCGGGGGAGUAAGAAGCCUGGGAGACAAACUUCUCAGCAGGUUAGCCAAUUUGUCGAGGAAAAACAGAGAAUUUCGUUAUCCAAGGAGAGGAAGGCGGCCAGGACGUUGGGCAUUAUCAUGGGAGUCUUUGUCGUGUGCUGGCUGCCCUUUUUCCUAAUGUAUGUCAUUGUCCCAUUCUGCUCGAGCUGUGAGCCUGGCGAAAAACUGGUCAAUGCCAUCACCUGGCUUGGAUACGUCAACUCUUCUCUCAACCCCAUAAUUUACACGAUUUUCAAUAUGGACUUUCGAAAAGCAUUCAAAAAGCUCCUUCAUUUGGGAAAGUAACACACCUACCCAGCCACCCGUCCUUUCUACUCUAAAAACGUAACCUGUGGACUCGUCGUCAAUGGUACUUUAGAGCGACUACUUUACCCUUAAUUUUAAAGCCGCUGUCGUCGUCAUCAUUUACUAAAAUACUUAAUGUGGUACUUGCAUGAUGCACAGAAGGCUGAACAUUGCCGCCAUUUUGGAACAGUCUUACUGGUGAUAACGACGUGUAUAAUACUCAAUUUGGCUCAACUUGAUCAAAUUUAAUUUUAUAAUCGUCGUAACUCGGCUGAUGACUAUUUCCAGCCCUUCACUUUUUAUUACUGUGUAGCCUUGUUUUAAUCUCAUGAAGCUUUUAAAGUUAAGAAAAACUAGGGCUUUUUGUGUUAAGUAGUUUUCUCGACUUGAAGAAACGAUGAUGGUUUCAUCACUUAACUUGUUGCGAGAUGAAGCAGAAGAAAAGGUAUCAAUAAGUUGCCUCAUCUUUUAAGUACGUACACAUACAUAAGAGAACCCAAUUCAGACGAAAGUUUACAACACGAAGAGCUUUUAUCCAUUUUCCACUCGAACUCUGUUGUUGUUUUUAGUACUUUUCUGCCCAUACGUGAAAGUGAGACGGGUUAUGUAAGGGGAAAGUAAUGGGGGAAAGAGAAACGUCAUCAUUGGUGCAGUGGUGUGGAUAGGUCAUCAUUUUAUUGUCUAUUCGGCGGAUAUCUCCCAUGCACUCAGCACCUCUGUUACCGCACACCCACUCACCCAACACACCACACCACCACCACCACCACCAUAAUAGCUGGCCGGAAGGGUGUCCUGACACUGGAACGGCUUUCGGAUGAUAAAUAUCCAAAAGUGGGACGCUGGCUCCUUCAAACAAAAGAAAAUGACAUGGAUUGAGUAUUUAGAUAGAGAAAGGUUGACACGAAAUUCAAGUCAUCUUGCUCCGGCAACCGUGAAUUUAGAUGAAUGGCCAAAAUGAGUUGCCAGGACCUCUGGAAACUAAGUGCUCCGAAAUCCUGGAAAGACAGCGACCGAGUUAAAAUGAAAAUUGAGAAUAACCAGCAUUGACUCGCGUAUACGUAACUGACUGAAGUAAAAAAAAAGAAGAAGUCAACAUUUUUCCCUGAACUCAAAUUCGAUAUCUUUAAUACAUAUUUACAUAAGUCUACGAUUAUAGUACGCACUUAUUACAUAUGCAGAUAUACUAUUAUACAAGAUAUACAUACCUAUUGUUACACAUACAAAUAUAUAUAUUUACUAUUUACCUGUGCAAUCUUAUUGCUUUAUGUUAAUUCUAAGGCUAUCCAACCAACUCCGAGUUGGAAUGUUUGCUCGCUCUCCAACUUUUUUAUUUGUUUCUUGUUCCUCCAUCCAUGCCCACGUUCACUUGGAUAUAUAAAAAAAGAAGCUUUAAUCCAAAUUCUGAGAAGGCAGACACCAGUCGGACCUCAAUGAUGGAAGUGGUUGGUUAUCAUGAGGUGUAUUGAAUCGGAAGGCAGUCGACAUCGCAACUGGUGGAUGGAAGGAGAGAGAGCGACCUUUUUUCUGGAAAUUUAUAUACUUACUUGGUGCUGAAGAAAAGAAUGUGAAUGCCAAAAAAACUGUUGGAGCAAAAGAUUAAAUUUAACAAGAAAUAUAUAGAAUGUUGCUCCGAAAUGAUAUGGCAAUUCCUUCACUUAUACGAGUACAUUGAUACCUAAAAAUAUAUUGUGUUACAUGAUGGUGCUAUACACUUGCUUAUUGUAUGGCGUACUAAUAUCGUUCACUUUUACUUCAAUACUUGACAGUCUUCACAAAAGUGCAAUCUGAAGCCAAAGCAUUUAGAUUUCGGUACUACAUAUAUAUAUACUUCAUACAUAUUACCUGAUAAGUAAGCUUGAUAAAAUGUAAAGGAUUUCUUCCAAUUAUUACUAACUAACUAACUAAUCUAUGUAUGCAUACUGUAACAAAUGGAGAAUGGAAUGAAAUUAAACUACCACAAUCAUUUAUUAUAAUUAUUCCUAAAUAUGUAUUAGGAUAUGAUCAAGACGGAAGCAUGCACCACGGGGGGUGAUCAUAUGUAUGGAGGUGAACUGCAAGGCGUGCGAUAUACGUAGAGAUAUAUGUAUGUGAGUGUACUUUCAUAUGUACGUACGCCUUUCGUGGGGAAAGUGAAAAGCUGCAAUUCUACUAAACGGAGGAGGAGGAAACGAAGUCUAGUGUCCAGUGAGUAAUUAAUUAGAAUGUGCACCUAAUGAACAACAAUUAGCCUGCUCCAAUUAUGUAUGUGCAGCAAGGAGGAUGUGAAUAUGUAUUAAAAUAAAUGGUGUUCUAAGCCAACUCAACAGCUA